CUGUUAUGAAGUUCUGUAGUUCCCAAUUUUUUGACCUGUCAGCAUUGUAGUACCAUCUGUCGCUGCAAAUACAUCGUUUCGUUUUACGUUAUAUUCACAUUUUUAUCUGUGCUAUCGAUGGUAAAAAUAUUUUGGCGCUAAUGUUCUGGAAGUUGUUUCUGCAUUCCGUUAUAGUCAUGGUAGAUGAACAGAUUGCUAACGGCUAAAAUUAGCUAACAAGCCGCCUUAACUUCACAGCCAGCUAGCAUCCAAGCCUACUUAGCAGUACUAGCUUAGUCUGCUGACAGGACGAGUGUUGGAAUCCGCCCACCACUCCAGAGCAGAGUCCCGGACAGAAGACAAAACGACAGAUGGAGGCCCAAAGCUCCUGUGACCUGCUGCUGUCCAGGAAGAGAAAAAAAGAGGACUCCAAUGGAGAGACCGAUGAAGGAGAAAGACCAGGGAAAAUCCCCAGAUGCACUGUGGGAUUAAGAAACCCAGCGCCUUUCGCAGAUGAAAUCAAGCCCGAUGGGAAACCCUAUAAGAGAGUCACCAUGGAGGAGGCAAAGAGGGGAACACCUCCUGACAGACCCGUUCGUGUCUACGCAGACGGCAUCUUUGAUGUUUUCCACUCGGGUCACGCCAGAGCGCUCAUGCAGGCUAAACGCCUCUUUCCAAACACGCAUCUGAUUGUUGGAGUGUGCAGCGAUGACCUCACCCACAAAUACAAGGGCUUCACCGUGAUGAACGAAGACGAACGCUAUGACGCCAUCACACACUGCCGCUACGUGGACGAGGUGGUGCGGAAUGCUCCAUGGACGCUAACGCCAGAGUUUCUAGCAAAACACAGAAUCGACUUUGUGGCCCAUGACGACAUCCCAUACUCAUCGGCAGGAAGUGACGACGUAUACAAGCACAUUAAAGAUGCAGGUAUGUUCGCUCCCACCCAGCGGACAGAAGGCAUCUCCACCUCGGACAUCAUCACCCGCAUCGUUCGGGACUAUGACGUGUACGUGAGGCGCAACCUGCAGAGAGGCUACACGGCCAAAGAACUCAACGUCAGCUUCAUCAAUGAGAAGAAGUAUCACCUGCAAGAGCGCGUGGACAAGGUGAAGAGGAAGGUGCGAGACGUCGAGGAGAAGAGCAAAGAGUUUGUCCAGAAAGUGGAAGAGAAAAGCAUCGACCUCAUCCAGAAGUGGGAGGAAAAAUCCCGGGAGUUCAUCGGCAACUUUUUGCAGAUGUUUGGCCCAGAAGGAGCUCUGAAGCACAUGUUGAAAGAAGGAAAAGGCCGCAUGCUGCAGGCCAUCAGCCCCCGGCAGAGCCCCAGCAGCAGCCCCACCCGCGAGGAGCGCUCGCCCUCUCCCACAUUCAGGCUUCCUUUCUUCUCCAAGGCCUCCCCGCCUCACCACAGCGGGGCCCGGGGAUACCUCGUCAGCGAGGACGACGAUGAGGACGAUGAGAGUUAGGAAACGCCUGACUUCUCAGUCUGUGGGGUCCCAGUCACAACCGGUUUUCAUCAAGGUGUUCAUUUAGUUUUAGCACCAUGUCUUGUUCAAAUGGAACGACCAGGUUCUCUAGAUCACAUAAUUUAAAAAGAAAAAGAUUUUAUUCAUUUUUUUGUGUCUUGUAAAAGUCAAGUUAACACUUACCACUAGUCACUUAAGUUCUUUAAAAGUUGCGUUCAUGUAUGUCUGCCACUUUUUGUAGGCAGUUAUUCACUGCCGUCUUGGAACUUCUUCAGGUGGAACACCAGCUCAGGUGUUCCCAUCAUGACUGGCGCUCGGCCUUUUGUUGCAGCAGUUUUAAUAGAGGUGGGGAUGGGACACUGCAGAGCAAGAAAGGGUUUGAACGAGCUCACUCAGGUGUUGGGACGCUUAAUACUUUGCUCUUCCUUUAGCUAAGAUGUUCUUAAAAACUCUGAACUCUCCAGAUUACAUGGGAUCCGCACCUGACAGCAGAAAUGUUGACUUUUGUUGUUGCAUGCAUUGUUUGUGUGCAAGCUCUCAGAGUCGAGCAUUUCCAGCUGUUGGCAUCUUUGUGUUUAAUUCUUUUAAAUUUUAUUAAAUGACAGUCUUUGAAAGACUUAAUUUCAAACAAGACGCCUUUUUUAGCGGCGUAAAAGUGAAAAGUUUUUAAAAUUAUGCACAAAAUGACUAUUUUUUGUAGUUAGUAUCCUUUUGUUUUUUUUUUCUUUGGUUAAAGCAAAAAAAUCAACACAAGACAAAAAAGCUCAAAUUUGAACUGUGAGGAUUAUGCUUCCAUAAAAGAAACAUUAAUGUGCACGAUUAAAGAACAGCACUGUACGAUUAAGUGAGCUUUUUUAACAAUGAAAAAGCGUCUGAUCUAUAAUAUUCAGAACAGGUUUGAAUGGUCAGCAUAGAGGAAUCACAUUGCUGCUGCAAUUCGGCUUCAUUUCCAGUGUGGUCUCAUAGUUUAAAAGCAUGUGUAGCUAAAGUCACCUGAUCCAAGGAUUUGAUGCUUUACUGUCAUGACUAACAAUGUUCUUGAUCAAAUUUGGACAAGUCUCUUUAUUGUAAAGCAAAGCUACAAAGAUCUCUUUCAAAGGGUUAGGAGCCAGAUGUUUCAGUGUCAGGGACUUGGAUCCAGUCUGACGUCGUCUGGAAACAGCCAUGAAUUUGGUGCUAAGCAACGUUGGGAGAGCCUGGCUUUGAUUCUCGUGGAAUCUUUUUUCCUUUUGAGUCUGUUUUCAGUGCGAGCAUGUCCUUAAAGUGCAGACUCCAAUAACAGCCCUGAGAGGCUGGCACCCAAAUGUUACCGUCUGGAAUAUUGUCUUGCAUUCUUGAUGUAGAGGAAACAAAACAAAAAAAAUAAACACUUUGACAAAA